AUGCAUUUCCUCUGUCUUCACGGUGCCGUCGGCAACACUGAUAAUAUCACCAUCCAGCUAGCACCUCUACAGAAGGAUUUGAACACAGAUGAUGCUGCGACUUUUCACUAUAUCAACGGUCCUGUGAAAUUUACACCUCCACCAGGGUUCGAGGAAUAUUUUGGGGUGGGGCCGCAUUAUCGGUGGUCUGAUGAUGGAGAAUCGCACGAGAAUUCCUGGAUCAUGCGCGUGCGCAAGAAUGCGGCCGGAGGCAAUCCAGAGGAUGCGAUGAGGGACUUGGCAGGGGGCGCCGGCUGCCGCAACUACAAGGAGUUGAUGGGCUAUCUCUACGAGACACUUGAAAAACAUCCCGAGAUCAGCGGUCUAGUGGCGUACAGCGAGGGAGCUUCUGCCGCAGCCACUUUUAUCCUGGAUGAAGAGCGCAGGCAUCGAGAGGAAGGUCGCGAUCGCCAGAUCAAAUGUGCCAUGUUUAUUACUGGUUGGCCCGCUUUCAAUGGCGAUAAGGGGUUCAUCCUCUCCGACGAAGGGGGUGAGGAAAUGAUCGACGUGCCUACCCUCCAUGUUGUCGGCGCAAAUGAUCCUUUCCGAUACGGUUCAUAUGCCCUUUAUGACAUUUGCGACCCCGACACAGCUGAGCUUUUUGAUAUGGGCAAGGGUCACGUCAUUCCACGCUCGGGUUUGGUGAUUAACGAGCUGAGUAACGCGAUACGAGAAUUGAUCAAGAAGACAUAUUAG